GCGCAGCACGGAGUCGGCUCGACGUCGGGGGCGCACGUCGUGAGACAGCCGUGACACAAGGCGGAAAAGGAUGUGACAGGAAGGCUGCGAGUGCUCCCGGGGGGCGGGAAACAAUCAAGCCACCUCGUUACUGCGUUCGCCGAGCGUGACAAGCAAGAUGGAGUCCGCACUGAUCAACUUGCGGGCUUUUUUCGCCCGUCCGGCGCAGAAAGAGUUCCGAGCCCUGCUCGUCCUAAUGCGGUGGAGUCACCGCCUGCCCAGAAAACGUCACGAUCAACGGUGGCAAAAAGACUGCGAGUUCAUUCCAUCUUAAGAUGAUUGGAGUGAUCAACUCGGCGUGGAGAACGCUCUCAAUUAACGUGUCGUCAAUGGCCUCCCGCAGAAGAAACGUCGCCCUCAUCACCAUCGGGGCAGUCGGAGUUGCCUCCUUGUUCUUCUACUGGCGGCAAGACGACUUUGUCAGGCUGAAGCCCGUCCUCGUGGACAAAGAUCUAGACACGAGGCGCCCCGGCUACGCCGUCUACACCGCUGGUUGUAAGAUCCCCGACUUCAAUCCGUUCCACUGGACCGUUGCCAGCAUCUACCGCAAGCAGCACAUGUACGCUUGUCCCGGAAGGCCAAGUUUCAUCAAACUCGUGGGAAACGUGCCUUCUAUCAACGAGGUCAAUCUCUGGGACUAUUAUCAGAAGGAGCCCAAGAGUGUCGUCUGCUUCUACCAGGACAUCACGAGGAACGAGAACAAGACCGUGCCAGACUCCGAGGUUCUCUAUUCGACGAGAACGAGGCUGGUGUUUGGUGUCCCUCUCUUGAAAGAGCGGGUGUUUGUGGAGUGCAGUUCUGCCGGAGCGAAGUUUCACGAGGAAUUCCUCAUAGUGCCCGUCCUGAAAGAAAGCGUCGAGACGCGUUGCGAAGAAGCGACUGCCCGUGCAAACUCUAGUGCUGAACGGCUCAACGUAGUGAUUAUAGGCUUGGAUUCCGUUUCGCGACUAAACUCGCUUCGCCAUUUGAAAAAGACUCGCAGCUUUCUGUUCGAUAACUUUGACGUCAUAGAGCUGUAUGGUUACAACAAGGUCGGGGAUAACUCCUUUCCAAAUCAGCUACCACUAUUAACGGGACUUUCGGACAAAGAAGUUCUAUCCCUGAGCCCGGAUAGGUACUACGACAAUCAAGAUUUUAUCUGGGACACCUAUGCGGACUUGGGGUAUCGAACCUUGUUCAUGGAAGAGAGUCCUAGGUUCGGACUUUUCAACUAUUUUUCUAACGGCUUUCGGGAGAUCCCCACGGACUACUACACCCGUCCAGCGAUUUUAGCGAUAGACACGUCCAAACAAAAACGGUUCAUAGGUGGCGGAAAAGGCUGCGUCGGUUCCAGGGUUCAAACCGAGAUGUACCUCGAGUACACUACGUCUCUGUUAUCCUUCCUGGGUAACCGUUCUUAUUUUACUUACACCUGGAUAUCCGACGUCACGCACGAUAACCUCAACUCCGCCGGCUACGCCGACACUCCUUUCUUGCGAGCCUUCGAGAGGCUGCAAAAGAACGGCGUCAUGAACAAGUCUCUCGUGGUGUUCCUAAGCGACCACGGGAUGCGCUACGGGCCUAUCCGCCGGACGCUCGUCGGCAAAUACGAGGACCGGCUGCCUUUCGCCUUCCUCAUGUUUCCUCCCGAAUUCCGCCGAAAGUACCCGGAGGCCGUCCGCAACCUGAAGAUUAACCAGUACCGCCUUACGACGCACUACGAUCUCCACGCCACACUCCUGGAGCUCGCCAACUUUCCGAACCGCAACUCGUCUUUCAAGACGUCGCAUGGACUCAGCCUUCUGCACGAGAUUCCAGAGAGCCGGACGUGCAAGGAGGCGUCAAUAGACGCGCACUGGUGCUGCUGCCACGAGACGGGAGACUUUCCGGCAGCCCAUAGGCUGUCGCGGAAGAUGGCACGUUUCGUGCUGGGUACCGUCAACGGCUGGCUGCAAGAAGGGGCGCCCGGAAAGUGCAAGACGCUUCGCCUGCAGAACCUCAUCGACGUCUACGAGGUGUCCGUGGACCCCAACGGCGAUUCUCGCUACUUCUGGGUGACACUAAGUGCGACUCCCGGAGGCGCAUUUUUAGAAGCGACCGUUGCGGUGAACAGUACAGAGGGGAUGUCCGCAGAACGCGUUAGCCGUCUCGACUGGUACGGAGCGCAGUCGUCGUGUGUUAAAAGCCAUUUUCUCGAGCUUUACUGUGUCUGCAAGAAGUGAUGGUACACUUCCGUGCGACUGCCCUUACUUCAGACGCUCGCAGCUGUAGAUAUGCCAUGUAGGCUCUCGCAGUGAGAUAUCCUAUCAUCCAUACGUCGUAUGAGCGACCAUGUGCCUCUAUUCUAUACUGAAAGCCACGAGUAUGCUUAGUCAAAAUAAAUAUAAAUCGCAAUCUCUUUCAUAUGCCGCGAAUGCAUUAAGAGAUGAGUAAAGCGCCGCGGUGUGGUUUUAGCCUACACUAGUUGCAGUAUCUUGUAACUCAAGCGAAAUGCAGCUCUUACGAGCUCGUAAACUGCUCACAACCAGUA